AAUAGAGGUUAUGGUAGGCUGUAACUUCCCUACUGCUGCUACUGCUUUGCGUUUACAUUGUUUUUUUUAAAGUAUUUUGUAACCCAGAGGGAAAGAAUCAAGAAGAAAACAAGAAAAGGGGUAGACAAGCAUGGUAAGAUUGGAGCUCAGUUGUAAAUGUAUGUGACUCAUGGAAGGAAAAGGACCCUACAGAAUUUAUGAUCCAGGUGGGAACAGCACUAAUCCACCAAAGCAUCCAGCCUUUAAAGUGUUUCCAAAGGACAACGCAGCAUUAAUGGGAAGCAUGGAAGAUAUUAGAAGCUUGGGAGAUCUUUUGGAAGAGUCACAGAAUGAAGUCCACAAGCUCCGUCAGAAAGCAGAGGCUCUAGUCCAGGAGAAUAAUUAUUUGAAGGUUUCUUCACAUCUGGAUCCACACUGUGCUCCUACAGAGCGUGCCACUCAGAGCAGACAGAUUCGAUCUGAGGAGGAACAGUUAGAUGAUUUCUUUGACGUUCAAGUGGAAACCAUGAAACCCGAGGAAACCCUAACUCCACCAAAGGGCAGUAAUAAAACUCCACCCAGUGGAACGUCUUCAGAGUUUGAAAUCUUGAAUGGAUUUGAGAAGAAAACUCUAGAAUGCAGAAAGUCGGACCCAGGGCCCAGCAUGCAGCCUGAAGAUGACACACUGCGAUUUCACCUGCAGCGGCUGGAAAACUCAUUCAGCAUGUUUGCGGAGGAUCCAGAUCGCAACCAGGUUGUUAAACACAUGAGUCGAAUGGCUCUGGAAUUUAACAGACUGGCAAGCAAAGUGCAUAAAAAUGAGCUGCGUACAUCAGUGCUACAGACCCUAUGUGAACAGCUGAGAAAAGAGAAUGAGGACUUGCGUGCAAAGUUGGAGGCCGACUGGAACCAGAGAGCCCAAGCUGAACAGACCUUGAGAUUAGAGAAUCUUGAGAUGAAGAAACUAAUCCUUGAGCGAGGGUCAGCCAGAGGAAAUCAGUCUGCGAGUGCAACAGAUUCCACUUCAGUAGAGAACCAACCCAAAGUAGAAAACGCUGGAAUUCUGCAGGUGUCAAAACCAGCAAGUAAAGACCCACUUGUGGCUCUUUUGAAAAAAGUGAAAGUGUUGGAACAUCAGAGGGCUGAGCUUCUGGAAGUAAAUAAACAGUGGGAUCAGCAGUUCCGCUCUAUGAAAAUCCAGUAUGAGGAGAAGAUUACAUCUCUGCGUCAGAAGCUAUCCAAAAAUAUAAAGGCGGAGAGUGAGCAAGAGGUGGAGAGAGACCGGAAACAACGAGAUUUUGACCGUAAACUACUUCUUGCUAGAGACAAAAUAGAAGAGAAAGAAGCAUUUGCCCAGAAGCUGGAGUCUGAGUUAAGGGAUCUGAAACAGAAGAAUAAGUUUCUCCAUGAUCAGCUGAGUUCCAUUAGCAAGCAACGAGAAUACCAGGAGCGGGAGAUCAGUCGACUAAACAAAGCCCUUGAAGAAGCUCUGAAUUUGCAUGGACCCCCUUCCUUUACAUUGUCUACAGAGGACCUCCCUCCUCGACAGGAACUCUUAAUUCAGAAUGAUAUCCUCAAACAACAGGUUAAAAUCUUUGAAGAAGACUUCCAGAAAGAACGUAGCGAUAGGGAACGAAUGAAUGAGGAAAAAGAAGAAUUGAAAAGACAGCUAGAGCAACUGGAGAAUCAACUGGGACAAGUAACUAGCCAGCUACGUACUUGCCAGGAUGACUUGCGAAAAGCAAAAGAAAGUCCACAUGAACUGCCCAGACAACAGGCAACAUCAGAAAGAUACCUCGUUGAUCCAGUCACUGGCCCAGUCUGUCCUCCGUAUCCCUACAGUCCACCAGGAAUUAUAUACCCAGGGUAUGAUGAUUGGCACAUCCACUAUCCACCUCCCAUCAUUUCUUCCGAUCACAGUCAGCUACAAGAUGUGCCAAAUGUUCCUCCACCAGCAUAUCAGUGGAGAGCCCCGAACAUCCUUGCCAGGUCCCAACAUCACAAAGGAUCUAAAAAGAAGGAAACCGAUGUCCCUGCUGGUGCAUCUCAGAGGCCUACCUGAGCGGAUGCAAUGCCAGGCAGAUGCUUUUUUGGCAGUUUCUGUUCAUGUGCAGCUGGGAUAAUAUUUAUGAAAGACAUCUGUGUACCUUAAUUGUGAGAACAAUGGGUCAGAACUUCUUCCAACCUGGCUGUUUUAGUCUAGUCAGAGAAGUAGUUUGUAAUAUGGGCCUGAAAGGGAAGUGUUUUUUUUUCCCCAAACACAAUGAAAUCUGGAAUGUGUACACAACAGUGGUAUUUAUAUGUUUUGUAUGUUUCUGUUGUAAGGAAAGAUAAACUCUUGGUUUUAUUUAAUACAUCACUUGUAUGGAAGUGGCAAGUCCAAUGCAGAAUCUUCCAGUUUAAAAGCAUUGUUGGGGGCUGUUUCUAAUGUUCUAGGUGAACUAGAAAGAUAACUGUAGUUCAAUUUUGCAUACAUGGCAUGGAAGACUAAAAUGCGUAUAUAUGU